CGCUCGACACUUUGUAUUUGCACGAUAUCUCUUCACCCGCGCUCUUGUGCCACGCUUCCCGCAGAGAGUCAUUGGAAAAUAUCAGGGAAAACGCCGAUUUAGCCGCCGCCAAGCCGGGAAGAACGGAAACUCCAGUGGAAAGUGUGCACAGUACGACAGUUUGCCUUAGAUCCGAACGGCGUCCUUUCACACAGACGCAGACUCCACUCCCAUACAGACAAAAAAAGAGACUCGUAUAUAGAUAUACUGUGCGUGUGCGUGUGUGUGUACGUGUGCGUGUGCGUGUGCGUGUGCGUGUGUGAUUGAUUCGAAUCGUAAUUUUGGAGUUUUCGAAAACGCGCUUUAUUUUUUGUUUUGCCCGGUUUUGGGUAUUUCUUUUUUGUUUUUUGCUGUUUGUUUUUGUUUUUACCUGUGCCUGUGAACCGAGGUUCGCGACUUGUGAAAUCAUCGGCCAUUGUUGUGCAAGAGCGGCUGUCUGGGGCCUGGGUUCUCCUACCUGGCGUUAUAAUCGCCUCCCCUAAAUAAAAUACAAAAAAACACAAAAAAAAGAAAGAAUAAUAAAGCUAAACUGCUGCCGACGGGCUUUUUUUGCUUUUGUUUGCGGUUACAAUAUUUGCGGGCUUCAUCAGCGGCGCCUCUCGGAAUUGGAUUCCAGUUCGAAUUCGGAAUCGCGAGCGCUGAUCCUGACCAGAUCCCAAGAUCCGUAUUAUGCGACCGCUGCCAUGCUGCUGAGACAACGCCUGGAUAACGGCUAGGGCUGUGGACUAGGAUCGGGAUGAGGAACAUGGCGUGCAGCAGGAUGUGGAUCGGAAGACGCUGGCUGGGCCUGCUGCUCCACUGUUGUCUGAUCGCGGUGACGCAGGGCGUUGGGGUACGUCCACUAUACGGCCUCCAUUCGGACGAACUGAUGGCGGGCGGGGGGCAGCUGGUGGUGCCACAGCGAGUGCAUCCCGAUGGGGCAUUCAUGACCCACAAGCUGGAGUUCGCACACGAAUUGGAUCAUCGGCGGCAUCGGCAGAGGCGCAGCCUGAGCUCGGAGCUGGACAGCCAUGCGGCGGACCUGCAUCUGCUGGUGCCGCUGGCGAACGAGUCACUGCAUCUGGAGCUCAGGGCGCACAGCUACUUCCUGGCUCCGAAUCUGGUGGUGGAGCGGCAUCGGCGGGAUCUGCGCACGCGAUCGCCGUUGACGGCGCGGCAGCUCAACUGCCACUUCCAUGGGAAGGUGCGCGGCCAGCUGGCCACCAAUGUGGCCAUCUCCACCUGCUCCGGACUGGUGGGUCACAUCCGGACGGCCAGCAAUGAGUACUUCAUCGAGCCCUCGAAGGAGCACGAGCCGCAUCCAGUCAACGGGCAUCCGCACGUGGUUUUCCAGCGCUCCUCCGUCAAACCGAAGCAUUCGUCGCGGAAGCGCAACAAACGCAAGCGAGGUGGCACAUCGGGAUCCGGAGCGGAGGUCAGUAACUGCGGCACGCGAGAGCCUCGCCGGCGGAUGGAAACGAGACUGGAGUGGCAGGCCAGGGGCAAGGUGAAGGUCCAGGGAGGCCGUCAAAUCCGGCGCCACCACCAUCACCAUCACCAUCAUCACAAGCACAAGUACCACCAACGUCAGCAGAAAAAUCACCGAGUGCCGCACACCAAAUUCAAGUACGAGACGCAGUUCCAAGCGGAGCCGGAUCAUCCGGAGAUUCCGCGGCGCAGGCGAUCCAUCAGCAGUCCACGGCAUGUGGAGACGCUCAUCGUGGCCGAUGCCACCAUGUCCGCCUUCCACAGGGACCUCAAUGGCUACCUGCUGACCAUCAUGAACAUGGUGUCCGCCCUGUACAAGGAUCCCAGCAUCGGCAACUCCAUCGAGAUCGUUGUGGUGCGCAUCAUCCAGCUGGACGAGGAGGAGUCCCAGCUGCAGCUGAAUCUCACCCAGAAUGCCCAAAAGAACUUGGAUCGCUUCUGCAGCUGGCAGCACAAACUGAACAAGGGCAGCGAGAUGGAUCCGCAUCACCACGACGUGGCCAUCCUCAUCACGCGAAAGAACAUCUGCGCCAACAACUGCAUGACACUCGGCCUGGCCAACGUGGGUGGCAUGUGCAAGCCGAAGCAAUCGUGCAGCGUGAACGAGGAUAAUGGCAUCAUGCUCUCGCACACCAUCACCCAUGAACUGGGCCACAACUUCGGGAUGUUCCACGAUACCGCGAAGAUCGGCUGCCAUCCGCGCGUGGGGCCCAUUGUGCACAUCAUGACGCCCACUUUUGGGGCGGACACCCUGCAGGUUUGCUGGUCGAACUGCAGCCGCAAGUACAUCACGCACUUCCUGGACCAGGGAUUGGGCGAGUGCCUGGACGAUCCGCCGACGCCCUUGGAUGAGUACAACUACACGGGCGAGCUGCCGGGCAUGCGCUACAAUGCGAGGGGCCAGUGCCGCCUGCAGUUCAACCUGACCACGGACAGCGAGGUGGGCGCCUGCUCCGCCCCCCACGAGUUCUGCUCGACGCUGUGGUGCAAGGUGAACGGCGAGUGCGUCACCCACAUGCGGCCCACCGCACCGGGCACAUUGUGCGGCCGGAACAAGUGGUGCCAGAACGGCAAGUGCGUCCGGCGCGAGGAGCUGGCGGCGAUCAAUGGCGGCUGGGGCGACUGGAGCGAGUGGAGCGAGUGCUCGCGGAGCUGCGGCGGCGGGGUGUCCACGCAGCAGCGGGAGUGCGACAAUCCUGUGCCCGCCAACGGCGGCGUCUUCUGCAUUGGCGAGCGCAAGCGGUACAAGAUCUGCCGGAAGCGGCCGUGUCCGGCGGAGGAGCCCAGCUUCCGGGCGCAGCAGUGCGCUCGAUUCGACAACGUCAGCUACCAGGGAGCCACCUACAAGUGGCUGCCCUUCUUCGACAAGAAUAAUCCCUGCAAGCUGUUCUGCAGCGACGUGGACGACACGAUAAUCGCCAACUGGGGCGCCACCGUGCUGGAUGGAACGCCCUGCACGCUGGGCACGAACAACAUGUGCAUCGAUGGCAUCUGCAAGAAAGUUGGUUGCGAUUGGAUCGUCGACUCGGAGGUGCAGGACGAUCGGUGCGGUAUCUGCGGCGGUGCUGGCGAUCAGUGCCAGCCGGUGAGGGACACCUUCGCGGAUCCGCUUGCCGCCAAGGAUGGCGCCUACGUGGAGAUUGUCACCAUACCGGCACGCGCUCGGCACAUCCUCAUCCGCGAGUUGGCCAACUCGCCGCACUUCCUUGCCAUCGCCACCGGCGGCGGAGGCGGCGGGGAUCGGUUCUAUCUGAACGGGGAUAGCCUCAUCUCCAUGCCCGGCGAGUUCGAGAUCGCCGGCGCCGAGAGCUUCUACGACCGCGUCGACGAGCAGGAGACCAUCACAAUACCUCAGCCCAUCCAGCAUUCCAUAUCGCUAUAUGCGAUUGUGCGCGGCAAUGAGAGCAACGCUGGCAUUUUCUACGAGUUCACGCUGCCGGCGCUGAAUGUGACCGCUGGCAGGCAGUUCCUGUGGCGCCUGAGCAACUGGACCGCGUGCUCCGCCAGCUGCGGCGGCGGAGUGCAGCACCGGGAGCCCAGCUGCCAGGAGAACGGCAAAGCUUUGGGCGACACGCUGCCCUGCUGGACGCACGCCAAGAACAAGAGACCUGCCCGCCAGUCGCGCGGCUGUGGCGACCAGCCGUGUCCUGCCCACUGGUGGCCAGGUCCCUGGCAGUUUUGUCCGGUCACCUGUCGCCCAGCCGGCUCCGUGGCGUCGCCGCACCGCCGCCGAUCCGUCGUCUGUCUGGACCAACACGACGUGGUGGUGGCCGAUGCGGAGUGUGGACUGCUGCCGAAGCCGCCGGAAACGGAGCCCUGCGAGUCCCCGCUGCCGAUUUGCAGGACCAAGUAGCACGGAGUGGAGCACUCCCUAUUUAUUGACGCCACUGCAGGAGCAGCGCCUUGCAGUGGAACAUAUUUAUUCAGCGACUAAGCGAUCAUCCCAGAUGUACUUAACUUAACUACCGUACGACGCACAAAGAAAAUGAAAAAAAAAUCGUGGAAAUUACAUAGGCUUAGGAUAACGCUUAGGCACUAGCGAUAAGGAUCUUAUGUAUUACGAUCGCGGGCUUAUCGAUAUAUAGUAUUUAGGUUACUCAAUACAGAUAGAUGUACGCGGAA